UGGAGAAUGAAGGAUUAAGGGCUUUCUUGAAAAAUAAACAGGAAAAGAUAUUCCUCACGAGUCAACGCUCAGAAAGAACUAUGUGGACCCAUUGUAUGAAAAGGGUUUUAGGUACUUUCUAUGAGCAUAGACACUGGAGAAUAUUAGGAAGACAUUGGCCAUUCCCCAGUCUGGCUAUUCAUUGACGAAAUCACUGAUUCUUGCUGUCGGUAUGUGGUGCAUGCCACAGUUGGAAAACUCUCUGCUUACGAGGCUGGAUGAGGACACCUCAUACUGUGCAAAGAUGUGGAACACACGAUACACGCCAUGACUGCAUGCACAAUGCAGGAAGCAUUGUUGUGCUAUGGAGAAAGGAAGAUCAGAAAUGUGGGGAGAACAAGGUUUUGGCCAUUGUGAAGGACAGUGCUGCAUAUAUGCUGAAGGCCGCAGAGUCUCUCUGUGUGUUUUACCCUAAAAUUAUUCACCUCACGUGUCUGGGUCAUGGCGUCCAUCGAGUUGCUGAAGAGGUCAGAACCACAUUGCCAGAGGCCAACAGCCUUAUAUCUUCAGCAAAGAAGGUUUUCAUCGAGGCACCAAAUAGAGUGAGAGCUUCCAAGACUGCUCUCCCUGACUGUCCUCUGCUACCUGAGCCAGUCUUAAUGAGGUGGGGAACAUGGAUUUCAGCUGCGAACUAUUUUGCAGACAACCACAGAAAAGUUGAAGAGGCCCUAAAGGGCUUUGAAGAUAGCGAAAAUUUAGCCAUACGAAAAGCCAAGGAUGCCCUGAAGAAUUCCAGCAUGUUACACAGCCUAUCUUCCAUCUGAGCGCAAUUGGGUGGCCUUCCAGAUCUAACUGAGAAACUUGAGACUCUUAACAUGGGAGAUACUAAGGCAGUGGCUCUCGUCGAAGGACUCAGGACACAGAGCAAGAGUUGGCCAGGUCCGAUUGGUGAGAGACUGAAAAUGUUGUUAUCUGACCACAGCAAAAUUUUCAUGUAGAGAAUAUGGAAAAAAAA